AUGAUCGAUUAUAUAAACGAAACAGGUGAUAUACUGAUUACAAAAUAAGGAUCUAUGAGUUCAUUUUAAUAGAAUAGCGAAUCAAGUCCCAAAAACUUAUUGGGUACUCAUAAAUAAUUACGUUUUCCAACAAUUUCUAAUGCCUUAUUGAAAUCAGCUAUAGAAGCUAAUUUCUUAGAAGCAGACUAAAAAAAUAAUAUCAUUAGAAAUCCAAAUCAAUUAACUGUUUUUAGAAUGCAUUUUGAUACUAAUUCACCAAGAACUCAAACAGCUAUGAAAAUGUUAAAUUUGCAUGUAUAGGAUCUUCAAGUUAAAGAUUAUGAAGAAUUCUAUCAAAAACGAAAAGAUCCAUUAUAGAACCUUAUAUCAUAUUUAUAAUAUGUAACAAUUAAAUACAAAAUAUUGAAUGACAUCUUAAAAAAAAGAAAUUAAAUAAAACACAUAUAAUCUUAGGUUUCUAAAUAAAUGAAUUCUAAAAACAUUAAAUUUAAGGAUGAAUCUAUAUUAAUUGAAUAAAAUGAUAUAAAAAAGUAAUCUUGUGAAGAUCUUCAUUCAACUAUUUUAAGUGCAACUCAAAAGAAAGAACUUUUUGAUAAAAAACUAAUUAAAGCUUAAGAGAAUUACAAUAAGUAAUAAAAAUGUUAAUAUGAUUUAGAUUUUUAAAUUUAGUUCAUGAUUAAAUGAAUAAAUAGGAUGAAUAUUAUAGUAAGACAGCUCCAUAAAUUUAUAAAAAAGCAGAGAAAUUAAAAUAAAAGUAAUUAGAAUUAGUAAGAAAGAAAUUAAGGAGAAAUCAUUUAAAAGUUGAAUAGAUUUGUUAAAAAGCAAAGAAAGAAGAAUAAACAUAAUAUAAGGAACAUAAAAAGAUGGUUUAAGAGUUAGAGAAAGAUCAUAAUCUUCAUUAAGAGAGAAAAUAGAAAUAAUUAUAAUAGGCAUAAGAAGAAUUAUUAGAUUAAUUAAGAAAGAAGGAAGAAAAGGAGAGAGAGAGAUAGUUAAAGAGAUAAAUGUAAAUGAAUUUAGAAUAGAGUAUGAUAGAUUAAGUGAUGGAUUCAAUAAAAAAGAAAUCAGAUUAUAUGAAUGAAUAUUUAUAUAAAAAAUAGGAGUAAGAUAAAAAAAGACAUCGUUAAAACUUAAAAAUAUUUGAAGAGAAAUAAAAGAAAUUAUAAGAAUCAUAUGUAUAAAAAGAGAAUUAAAAUGUUUAAACUUAUUUUAGCAAAUCAACUUAGAGACAAGUGAAUUUUUAUUGUUGAUAUUUAGAUAUAAAUUAAUAAACAUGAAAUUUCAUAGUUGAAAUAAUAGAAGAGUUUAUCAUUAAAGAAUAGUAGAAUAAUGAAGAGAAUUGAAUAAUUUUAGGAAUCUUUAGAUUAAAAAAGAUUUGAAGAAUUAAGUUCUAAAAUUUAAGAAACUGAUGAAAAAUUAGAAGGAGGUAUAAAAAGGUAUUAUUAUUUAUAAUAAUAAUAAUUAAGACAUUAAUCUCUUUUGGAUUUGAGAAAGCAUAAUUUAUCUUAGAAGAAUGAACAUAGAUUUAAAUUGGCAAAAUAGAAAUAGAUGGAAAAUAUGAUUGAGAAAAUACAUAAGUAGAAUAAAAUUUUAUAAAAAAAUCUCGAAAUUACUUAGAAAAAUGAUAAAAUAAAAUAGGAAUUAGAAUUUUUGGAGAAAUAUAAAAAAGAAUAAUUAUAAGAUCAUGUUAUUUAGAGAAAUAUUUUAGCAUAAAAAUUAUCAUCUUGA